AUGGCUCUCAUUUUUGCUUCCAAAGGGACCUUUACUCUAGAAAUUCCUUGUGACCUUGGAGCUGGGGCUGCUCUUCAGGCCCUAAAGCGUAAGAAGAGGUAUGAGAAGCAGCUUGCACAGAUAGAUGGCACGUUAUCAACAAUUGAAUUUCAGAGGGAAGCCCUUGAGAAUGCCAACACUAACACUGAAGUACUUAAGAAUAUGGGUUUUGCUGCUAAAGCUAUGAAAGCUGCCCAUGACAACAUGGAUAUUGAUAAAGUAGAUGAAUUAAUGCAGGACAUUGCAGAACAGCAAGAGCUGGCAGAUGAGAUUUCAACAGCCAUCUCAAAGCCAGUAGGAUUUGGGGAAGAAUUUGAUGAGGAUGAACUCAUGGCAGAACUAGAGGAACUAGAACAAGAAGAACUAGACAAAAACUUGCUGGAAAUAAGUGGUCCCGAGACAGUACCACUACCAAAUGUGCCCUCAAUAUCAAUACCAUCAAAGCCAGCCAAGAAGAAAGAAGAAGAAGAGGAUGAUGACAUGAAAGAGCUGGAAGCUUGGGCAGGAACCAUGUAACCGCAGCAGUAACUGGCUGGAAAAAGACUUUAAUUACCUAUUCUGGGUGCAAAUGUGUUGUGUUGAGGAGAAAGCAUAAGCAAAAUGUCUUUAUCUUUAAUUUUAACCUAAAGCAGUGUGAACUGCAUUGCUGUUUUCUGCAUAGCAUGGUCUGCACAAAGGAAAGAAAGGGGAGCAGGGGGAAUUGCCUGCAGUUUAUACGGUUGAAUUUCUGUAAAAAGGUAUUUGCAAAGUCAAAGAUUCAGCUUUUGGACUGUGCUACUGCCACUGCUGGAUAUUCAUCUUCAAAAGUUUGGGCCAUAUUGAAUUGAAACAAGCUGAAAAACACUCUGUAAUUUUAAGUCAGUUUUAGUGUAUCUAGAAGUCUUGUAAAGCAUUUAAAAACAGGAAAAGUCGUAACCCACCGUCGGCUUCUUAUUGUGUUUAGGUGCGAGAAUGCUUUAGGUUUUUAGUUCUUUGCAAGUUAUAUUUAUAUCCCUUGACUGAUGUGUGGCCAGCCUUGUGUUUGUCACCACAACAAUGUAGUCACUAUUUCCAUUUUAAUUGAUGAUAACGAUUUGCAGUUGACAGACACCAUCUUGGAAGUAGGGAAGAUUUAAAUUUCAGUUGUACAUUUUUUCUACAUAGCACUGCAAUGUUUAUUGCUUUUUUGUGAUAAUUGAUAACCCAUUCAGAUACAUGCACACAAUUAUUUUAAUUAAGAAACUACUAUGGAUUGCACUGUAUUAAAUAUCUUGAUUAAUUUUCA